AGUGUUGGCCGGGACUCCUCUUCUUUGACAACUAUACCUGUUAUUCCAAUCUUAUGCCAUUUCACCAUACUAAGUGACUACCAAGAGAAUGUGCAAAUUCUGUAUUGCAAUGUACAAUCCCAGUUUGAAAUGGACUAUUGCAUAAUUGAUAUCAGCACUCCCCCUUGGUUAAGGAAGUGAGCAAAGAUCAAUGGAGUUCUAUAGGGGUAUGUUGUCAUAGUUUUGGAAAUCCUUGAGGAAUAGUCUUAAACAUUGGAGUUAUUCAGGGUAAACAAAGAAUUCAUGGAAUUUUAUUAGGAAAAAAAAGUACUGUUCAAUAAGUUCCUCAGGGGUAAAUUCAUAUCUUAAGGAAGUCUCCCGGGUGAAUGCAGUCUAAUAGAAUUCCUCGGGAGUAAGAAGGAAGUUUAUUACAUGUUGUCAACCGGGAAGAGGGUGUGGCUAUUAAAUGUAAUAGCCCAAUUUUUUUCUGCUAUUGAAGAAGGACGAAGCACACACAAGGACCGCACGCAACAGCAUGCAAGGACUAGCUGGACAAAGCAAACAUGAUGUGAGUUUAUUUAGUUGGAUAGUAAACCUUUUAUUCAAUGGUUUACAUUGUAAAAGUAUCAUGGACAUGGGUGUUUUGCUCAUUGCUCGCCUAUACAUGAAACCCUUAUUAAUUUUGUUUUUUCUGGCUUGACUGUUCAUUAGUGACAGGCACGUGACUCAUUGUUUGUGAUAAAUAAACAAUUUUUUUCCUCUGAAAGGAUUAAUAGAAGAGAAGAGAUUCUCCUAAGGCUUAAAAUUCACAUCCAAUUUCUUCCUUAAGUCCUUAGAAGUUAUAAAAAUUGGCAAUUUUUCCAUCUCUGAGUUACAUUUUUUUUUUGUAACAGCUGAGAAAAAAAGUUCUGUCUCUGCUGUUUAUUGAACUGAUCAAACCAGAGAAAGAAGCUUUCAAU